AUGGCAUCGUACAAGAUUUCCGCUCCGGACGAGUACCUCGCCAUAACUGGCAUGGGUAUUCGUACCGUCAGAAUCACCAAGGCCGCCUGGGUCUGGCCUUUUCAGCGAUAUACUCGCUUCAGUGUGCAGCCUCACGACUAUGCCAUGGACCUCCAGGCAAUGACCAAGGAGAAGCUACAGUUCUCUCUCCCCGUUGUCUUCACAGUCGGACCCGACGUGAACCAACGCGGAGCAAACGUUAAGGGCGGUGUCACGACAGAUACAGUCUCUCACGAUGGAGAACCGAUUGAUGAGACUACAGACCAUCGAGAAGACUCUGGAGAUGCUCUCGUCAAGUACGCAAUGCUGCUAGCUCGCUCCAAUAGCGGCAACAAGGUCGUCGCGGAGCGGGAUCAUGUUGAAAACAUCGUCAAGGGUAUUAUCGAGGGUGAGACGCGUGUUUUGGUUUCCGGAAUGACUAUGGAAGAAAUCUUCACCGAGCGUGAAGUUUUCAAGCGUCGCAUCUUUCGCAACAUUCAAGGCGAACUCCAGCAGUUCGGCCUCAAGAUCUACAACUCCAACGUCAAGGAGCUCAAAGAUGCACCGAACUCCAUCUACUUCGAGUCACUUUCCAAGAAGGCGCACGAGGGUGCAACCAAUCAGGCCAGAAUCGACGUUGCGGAAGCUCAGUUGCGGGGUAAUGUUGGCGAAGCCAAGAAGAAGGGAGAGCAGGAUCGCGAGAUUGCCAAGAUCAACGCCGAGACAGCGGUCCAAAAGACAGAGCGAGACAUUGAGCGAGCGCAAGCUGAAGCACGUCUGCAUACUCAACAAGCUGCUCUUUCACGAGAUGUCGACAUUGCCCGAGUUACUGCUAAACGUACUCUCGAGUCCAAGGAUGAAGAUCUGAAGCGCGAUGUCGAAAUCAAGCGUGCCGCUGCUGAGAUGGAACGUCUCCGCGCCCAAGAUGUCGUCAAAGCAACUAUUAUUCGUGAAUCCAAACAGCAAGCCGCAGAUGCAGCAGCAUAUGAGGUUUCGGCGCGGGCCCAGGCUGAAUGGGAGUCUGGUAAACGCGCGGCAGAUACCGAGGCAUACAAGACUCGAAUUGCUGCAGAAGCAAAUCAAGAGGCGAGUCAGCGUGGAGCAGAUACGGAGGUUUACAAAAACCAAAAAGCUUCCGAUGCAAACGCAUACAAAACUCGUGUGACGGCUGAGGCAAACCAAGAGGCAAACCAAAAGGCUUACGACGCAGAGGCAUAUAAGAUUCGUGUGACAGCCGAGGCAAACCAGGAGGCAAGUCUCCGAAACGCUGAGGCUGCCCUUGUGCGAACUCUUAAAGAAGCCGAAGGUAUCACGGCAAUGGCAGACGCAUAUAGCAAACUCUCUGUCGCAUUUGGUGGUCCAGCCGGUCUUCUCCAAUACAUGAUGAUCAAAGAAGGCACUAUUGUCGAGCUCGCCAAAGCAAACGCCAGCGCUAUCCGUGGAUUGGAGCCCAAGAUCAGCGUUUGGAACACUGGAAACCAAGGCAGCGGCUCUGAACCAACCGAUGUCAUGCGCAAUGUUUACCAGAUGCUUCCACCACUGAUGACUACAAUCAACGAGCAGACUGGCAUUACUCUCCCUGAGUGGCAGUUUGGCCGACUCAACGCCGCUCAGGGGGCCAUGACAGAGAGCAACAAUGUGAAUGGGGCUGGAAAGAAGAAGUAAAUAACAUGGCACUAGACUUUCUUUAACUUUUCGUUUGUGGGCUUCUGCUUUCAUAUGUAUUAUCAAGGUGCUGGAAGUUGGUGUCUGGGGAGUUGGUAUUUUGAGCUUCUGUUUGAGUUUGCUGUGAGAAUAUGGAUGGAACAGGACAAGAGACUGAUGAAACACCGUCGUUUUCUUUUGUACUUUUGGGGGGUUAAUUUUUUUACUAUGAUAUUGUUAAUCAUGGCAUAUACCUAAAUAUCAAGAAAUUUAUAUUCUUUCG